CAGGUUAUUUUGCAGUUAGAUUCACAGAGAGAGAGAAAGAGAGAGAAUCGCUUCGUAUAUAAGCCAUCGAAGCUCAGGCAUAUAUUAUUGGUCGAAGAGAGUGCAUUUUGGAGAGAGAGAGAAUUUUACACACAGAGAGGCUUUCGGCUUUCGGCUUUCGGAGACACAGAGCCGUCGGCCAUGGCAGAGUCAAAUGAUUCCGUCUCCGUUGAUAUGGAGACAAUCUAUCUUGGCGGAAAGGUUCAUAUACAUACACAUAUAUAUAUGAACAUAUUGUAAAAACUGGCCGUGGUUCUGUGUCUGUUAUUGUAUAUGGAGAUGAAGACAAGCCAGCACUAGUUACCUAUCCUGAUUUAGCUCUAAAUCAUAUGUCUUGUUUUCAAGGAUUGUUUUUCUGUCCUGAAGCAGCUUCUUUGCUGCUCCACAACUUCUGCAUUUACCAUAUCAGUCCUCCCGGGCAUGAGUUGGGAGCUGCAGCGAUUUGUUCUGAUGAUCCUGUUCCUUCUGUUGACGACUUAGCAGAUCAAAUCAUUGAGGUUCUCAACCAUUUCAGGCUCGGUGCAGUGAUGUGCAUAGGAGUUACAGCGGGUGCUUACAUCCUCACCCUUUUUGCUAUGAAGUACAGGGAGCGGGUUCUUGGUUUGAUACUCGUGUCCCCUCUCUGCAAAGCACCCUCUUGGACUGAAUGGUUGUAUAAUAAGGUAAUGUCAAAUUUACUAUAUUUCUAUGGCACGAGUAGUUUGCUGAAGGAGUGUUUGCUUCACCGGUACUUUAGCAAGGAACUUCGUGGUAGUGCAGAAGUCCCAGAAUCAGAUAUAGUUCAAGCAUGCAGAAGGUUGCUGGAUGAGAAGCAGAGCAUAAACAUUUUAAGGUUUCUUCAAGCAAUCGAUAGCAGGAGACAUGAUAUUACUGAAGGGUUGAAGAGACUAAAAUGUCGGACACUUAUAUUUGUCGGGGAGAACUCUCCUUUUCAUUCAGAAGCUCUCCACAUGACCUCAAAAUUCGAUAGAAGAUACAGUGCUUUAGUUGAGGUGCAGGCUUGUGGAUCAAUGGUAACAGAAGAACAGCCACAUGCAAUGCUGAUACCCAUGGAGUACUUCCUCAUGGGGUAUGGAAUGUACAGGCCAUGCCAGUUCAGUGACAGUCCAAGGAGCCCCCUCAGCCCGUCUUGCAUCUCCCCAGAACUUCUGUCUCCAGAAAGCAUGGGUCUGAAGCUAAAGCCAAUAAAAACCCGGGUUUCGUCCCGCAUUCCAAGUGCAGAGAGAUGACACUAUGUAACUAUGUGAUUCAAUAAGUUGAUAUAGAUUAUUUUUUUGUUUUAUUUGUUAUUUUUGAUCUGUUAAGGAGGGUAGAUGUGGUUGUAGAUAAAGGUGAAGAAAUUGUUAAAUGGACAUAGGGAGGGAGAUUGAGUUCAUUCAUUUGUAGUCAGUAAUAAAUGUUUCGCUGAACUGUUUCUGUAAAUCCUGAAAAACACAUUUGUUUGUGAUAAGUGAUUAUUUAUAUAAAGAUGAAAAUGAUAUGGUUAACCCGAAUAAUAGAGGACGGGGGUUUCCUAGUAUUAAAGAA